AUGGAAGAUGGUAAUCGGUACCCUACAGAUCCUUACGAAAUAGGGAACGGAGUUUGAAUGAUUCCCUGUAGAAUCAAUGAAUCCAAGCAUAAAUUUUACCCACUUUUUAAACCUGUAUCCAAUAAUGUGCAUACAUAUUAAAAUAACGUGAUGCAUCAAACAGCACUUUUAUCAUCUCUACCUGUAAAUAGCAAGCGACCUUGCAGAGAAGAGGAAAGCGUUCAGGGAUGUGUAUUUGACUAGGUUUUAUCUGAUCUGGCCGAGCGUAAUGUCGAAUUAGCCAACUGUAUGUUCACAUCUAGGUCAGAGUUUUAGCUUGUGAAAAGAUGUCCUUCGGAGUUGAAAAAGUGCCCAGCAGAGUCUAUUUGUCCCAAACGGCAAUUCGACAUUAGACGCUGCAUUCUGGGCUACGAAGUUCUAUUUCAGCCGGCAUCGACCAGAUAUCAAUUUUUCAAUUUCCCGACAAGGCAUACUGUUAACGCUCAGCAUGGCGGCGACCUAAUCAAUACACUCUCGGUAACAGCCUGACCUAGAUUAGUCCCUAGUGGUUGUCCGUUGGAUCAGGUUAUACCAUCCAGAGGUCAGUAAGAUGACUGAGGACGAUGUAAGCUGAAAAGCAGCGGCUUACACUGCGAUGCGCGAGCUUAUCAGCAACAUUAGCUAAACUUAAUCUAAUCAUGUGCACUACAUUCGAUAUCCCUGAACUGAAAUCGAAGAUCAAGCACUAAUCAGUUUGCUACCUACCAAAUGCAGUAAAAAAUGAGCGCAAAUUGCUAAAGAACUGAAUGAUAGAUUUUAUGCAAAUAAUCGAAUACGUAAUGGAAAGCAAUGCAGAGAGCGCUGAUAUAACCAUCUCGACCCAUCCCUUAAAAAAGGAGGCUGAACACCUGAAGAAGACAAUUUCAUCAUCAUUAGACAGCAGGAAAUCGGCAACAAGUGAAGUUUAAUUGCCAAAGACUUGCCAGGACGUAACGAAAAUAGCGUAAAAAAUAGAUGAAAAAGCAUAUCAAAAAAGACCAAAACUUGUGAUAAAGAAAUCGGAAUUGAUGAGGUGUCUGAUAUUCUUGUAGAUAGCCAAGGUGAUUGGAAUAGAGAAGUAAAUGAUGCUGAGCUUGUCGAAGAAAUAGUACUCGAAAGAAUUGAUAGUAGUUCUGACUGUGAAAAUUACCUAAAUAUUGAAGAUGAAAUGAUUAUUGAUUAUUAA